UUUCAAUUUCACUUCUUUUCUUGUAUCUCUACUGGGAAUGACACUUUUAAUGCUCAACUUUGUAAUGGUUAGUCAUUUGAUAAUCUUGAAAGCUGAUUAAUCCAUCUAUUGCUGUUGAUUGGGUUCGCGGUUUGGGUUUAGGUUAGGCUUUAGGUUUAGAUUAUUUAAGAAUAUUUAUUUACAUUUACUGGUCAAGAUAAUCAUUUCAAGGCAACUUUAUUUGGAGGAAUCUACUUUAAUGAGAAGACUUUUUUGCUUCGAUUGUAAACAUCAACGUUUUGAUUAUAUUAUAAAAUUAAAUUGGUUAUUGACUGGGUUAAGUUUAUUGUAACUGAAUAACGAAAAGAUUUCAAGUCUCUCACUAAGAUUUACAUUUUUCUCCAUAACAGGUUUCUGUUUCAUUUUCAAUUUUGUUUUCACUUUUUCUCCACUUUUUCACAGUUAUCGGAUUAUUCAGUUGCAACUUGAAUGCUAUGGAUUAAUUUAAACUGUUUUUUGUUAAAUUAUUUUAAAUCUAAUUUACUAUUAUAAAUGACAAUUCGUCGAUUACCCACUACUUCCUCACCGGAAUCAACGAUAAUCCAUCGACCAGGUUUAGUUGACAAACCUAAGGAACAGAAGACUUUCAAAAUUUUGGUUAUUGGUGAAGUGUCUGUUGGUAAAACAAGUUUAAUUAAACGUUAUGUUCACAAUUUAUUUUCAAACCAAUAUCGAGCUACGAUUGGAGUUGAUUUUGCAUUGAAAAAGAUCAUUUGGAGUGAUGAAAUUGAUAUUAUUAUUCAACUUUGGGAUAUUGCGGGUCAGGACAGGUUUGCCUCGUUGACCAGAGUUUAUUAUAAAGGUGCUUCGGGGUCAUUUGUGAUAACUGAUGCUUCUAACCCUGAUUCAUUUGAAUCAGCAAUCAAAUGGAAAAAAGACUUCGAUAGUAAAGUUACAUUGGAGAAUGGGCAACCGGUUCCUUCACUGCUUUUAGUUAACAAGUGUGAUCUUGAGAAGGUCGGAAUCGCUGGUGAUGAAUCAAAACUUGAUUGUUUCUCAAAAGAAAAUGGUUUCACCAGUUGGUGUUAUGUUUCUGCCAAAGAUAAUAUUGGUAUCAAGGAGGCGGCUAAACUUUUAAUUAAAAAAAUUAUGGCCAUUGUGGAAAGUCAAGAGAAUCGAGAAAAUGGAAUUCAAAAUGUAGAUGACGCACAAGAACCUGGAAUGGAUAAUGUUAUAAUAAUGACAAACGGAAAAGCAGAUCAUCUAAGCCCUGCUAAAAAGAGCAAAUGUGAAUGUUGAUUAAGUUAUUGUUAAUCAUUCAAUUGUGUAUUAUUUAUAUUUUUUCAGCUAAUUUGUGCUAUUAGGUAUUAAUUGAUAAACUAACGACUAAAACUUGAUAAAUUACGACUACAUGAAAAUCAAUAAACAAAGUUGAACAAUCAA